UCGCUCGUCUUGAGCCAAACACGUUGCUCGCACAUUCUUUCGUCGGACUCAGGAAAACUGCGGCUUUGGGUUGGCCCUUUUAUAAACUGUGUUAGGUUAGAUCAAAGUUAUUCCCAGGGGGACUCGUGUACGUCGGUAAAUUGACGUCUUAAAUCAACAACCGUGACAAGCGAGGUAGUAUUUUGCAAUUUAAAUUGCUACCCAUCUCAAAUUUUUUGACAGCCAACGUGGAAGCGACCAGUCAUUGCGACAGGGGAGUUUUGUAAUUUCACCUUGGUGUGUGAUGAAACUCGGAAGGUAGAUCCCAAUUGUUCACUUUCCUAUCGAAACGGCAAGACGUGGAAAAUCUAAGGUUAAACCAUUGAGACAUCGUGACCAAAACAUCACCCACAGGCCCUCCUUGUUCGAUAAAAAGUUUGAACUCUAAACAUCUCAACUUGAAUCAAGCCGAGAACAGAACGGAAAUUGAGUCAUAAAGGAACGACCGUCGAUUAAUUGUUCUUCUAUAAUCAGGACAAUCUGUCCAAGAAAUAUUAUGCUUCGACGAAAACUUUAUUCACAGUGAUCUGCUGUUCAGCAUGAAUUACCCUUCUGAUGAACCUGACGACAGCCAAAAUUUUCACGAUGAAAUCUCCUCGACUCUCAAAGACUUAGAGAUAUUUCUCUGUGACCUCGCGGAGGAAUCACUUCAAUUACGCUUUGAAAAGCAGAGAGAUGACCUCUUGGAGAAGGUGAUUCAACUUCGGAAGAAGGUCACAGAGCACAAAAACUCUCAGAUGGUUACAAAUGGAAUCAAAUCCCCGAGACCUAAAAGAAAAAGCUACCCGUUUGCGGCUGUGAAGGACAGUAUGCAUACGUACGCUGCGCAUUUACACAAACUAAACGUGGAUGGAAAACCCAAGCAUCCAGGCUCACCAGAAAUAAGGCGCUCAGUGGAUAAACCUAAAUUGCGCCCACGCUCUAUGUCGUGUCCCGAAAUUCGUUUCACUUUAAGUCAUGCGUGGAAGACGUCCCUUCCUAAGGUUCCAGAAAACGAGGAGCUCAAAGAGUUGGAGACGUAGGAUCCUUGCCAGAGGAAGAAUAAACGCGAAAGAAUCGCAUCAAGAAGUUUUCAUGUUUACGUUUCUUUUUCUUGAAUCACAUUCCCAAAUGCAUGUUGACUCAAGAAGAAUGAGAAUAGAAUUAGCUGCGCCGAAUAAAGAGAAAGGACCAAGAAAUCAGCGAAGAAUGGACAGUUGAAAACGGAUCACGAGGUAUUGUUCUCAAUAUCUCUGCUCCAGUCUUUCUCGCUGUUUGUGGUACAUAACUAUAGACAUUCGCAAACGAAGUGAUCUGAGGUGGUCUUUUAUGAGUAAUGAUAGGAUAAAUUAAACCUGGGAGAGUUUGAAGCCAUGGAUUCACACUUUUUUUAAGGUCUUAGUUCAAGUUCGUCACGCCAUUUUCGCUCGAAUGUGACCAGUGCGUCACACAGACCGGGGUCACGCAAGAAAUGACAUUUUUAUAUUGCCGACAAGUCUGACAGUCACAGAAAAUAACAGUCGUAACAUAAAAAAGGAUGUUAUAUUAACUUGAUUCCGACGUUGAGCCGAAUUUUCGUACGGCCCUAUCUUAAGGUUACAAGAUCUAAUGUGGAUUGUUUUAUCUGAUUUUAUACAUUUUUAUUUAUUUCGAGAAUUCUAUUUGCUUGUGCAUGUAAGGUAAUAAACGAGUUACGCUUUCACGCCUUUUGUAUGCUUA